AUGUUGCUCUGGGUCAUUGCAGGAACCGACCAGCCCUUCGCUCUUUCCUCUGCUCCCCAGCGCUGCGGCUGCCCAGGGGUCACCAUGAGGCGUCUCGUCUGGCUGCUGUUCCUCCCGGGCUUCCUCUGUCAAUGUGAGCCACCUGUCGAGGUCCCCGAGUCCCUGAUCGCUUGGACGGGGGCCUGUCUGUCCAUCCCGUGCCUCUAUCAAUCCUGUGUCCUGAACCCCAUAAGGACAAAGAAAUUGACCAUCAGCUCCCUGACCUGGUACCUGAACCCUGUGUAUGACUCUGAGAAGAAAGAUUUCAGUGGCACCGUCCUGUAUAAACACAGCGCCGCCAUCAGCCCGGCCUUUGCAGGGCGCGUGAGGUUCCUGGGGGACCUGGAGAGAGAUUGCAGCCUGCAGCUGUCUGACCUGCGGGCCAGUGAGAAUGGCUCCUACGGGCUGAGACAGAUCGUCUCGAGCACCGCGCAGAAGCCGGAGGAGAAGAAGUGGAUGACUAAGAUCAGUGUGAACGUGACGGAUUCGCCUCCAGCUCCUCAAAUCCAAGCACCCAGCGAGCUCAGGGAGUCAAUCGCGGCCCAGGCAGUUUGCUCCGUAGCCUAUCACUGCCCCGACUACCCCAUAACCCUGACGUGGGUCGGUUUGGGGCAUAGGACCCCUGAGCCCACCAUGAGGACGGGGAGUGGAAGGACUGAGAGCACAUUGACUUUCACGCCCACCUGGCAGGACCAUGGGACAAAUUUAACCUGCCGGCUCAGCACCCCGGCUGGGACACCGAGCUCGGAGAGCAGCGUGGUGCUGGACGUGAAAUAUGCCCCUAAGGGAGUCCAGUUGAAUGCGACACCUGGAGAGACCAUCCGAGAGGGGGGCAGACUCGUGCUGAUGUGCAUGACCGAGGGCAGCAACCCCCCCGUCUUCACGUACAACUGGUAUAAGGACACACAGUGGCUGCACCAGGGGCAGGAGCAGAGGCUGGAGUUUGAAGCCAAGGGGGAUGAGCAUUCCGGCUCCUAUCUCUGCCAAGCCACCAAUGAAAUACAGACGGUCCCAUCCCCAGCGCUGCGGAUAGACGUCCAGUAUGCCCCAAAGGACGCGCGUGUUGAACUGGUGACGGGCUCUCAGAUCCAGGAAGGGACCAUGGUUGUGCUCAGCUGCUCCUGCAGGGCUCAUCCGCCCGUCAGCAGCUACAGCUGGUACAGAAACGGGCAGCACCUCCCAGCACAAACCCAGCAGGAGCUUCACUUCGACAAGAUCCAUCCCGACCAGUCCGGUUCCUACCACUGCGAGCCUCGGAACACAGUCGGGAUGUCGGAAUCGCCGGCCAUUACAGUCGACGUACAGUACCCCCCCAAGGAGGUACGAAUCACCCUCAAAAACCCCCAGCGCAUCCAGGAAGGCGAAGCGGUGAUGCUGAACUGCUCCGUGGGCAGCAGUAACCCCCCGGUGACCAAGUACACGUGGUACAAGGAUAACCGCCAGUAUCAGGAGACCCAAGAGAGUGUCCUGACCUUCCCUGCCACAGAGGAGCGGUCCGGUAGCUACAGCUGUGUGGCUCAGAACGCGAUCAGCUAUAGACAGUCUUCAUCUGUCUCAGUGGAUGUGCAGUGUAAGUAA